AUGUCUCCCAUUCUCAAGUACGCUGGCCUCGCCCUCGCCCUGCUUGGCGCUCUCUCGAGCGCUGCCCCAGGUCGCGCUCACGUUGACAACCACCUGGCACUCCAGCCUGCCACCACUCAGGGAGACGCUCUCUACCACACCACCGUUCACCACUCGAUUGACCCAGCUAUGCCCACCCCAGCGGCUACCAUUCCUGCCAUCAAUGGUGAUGCCAAACCUGUCAAGGUCGCUCGAUACAUCGACUUCGGAACCCGAGGCAACAACAAGCAGUGCAGCGAGGAGACCUUCCCUAUGAAGCUCCCCCUCAAUGACGCGCCCCUGGCCCGCGACUGCAACAACCUCGCCGCCUCUCUCGCCACCAGGAGCGGCUACUUCACCAUCUCUUCCUCCGAGUUUGGCAGCAACAACGACCUCUGGGUCUCGGUCGUCUCCCUGGGCACCUGUGAGUUCGCUCUCAGCCUGAUGGGUCUCGACGAGUCGACCCCCAUCCUCGUCGGCACCACCGACAUCCAGUACUUCAUCCGCCGCACCACCUCUGGCAGUGACCAAGGCGUCGUUCAUGCCAGCGGUGAGACCGAGUGCAACGCCUCUGACAAUGGCAACGAGAAGUUCUCCGUGGCCUGGGCUGUGCGCUCCGCCACCUCUACCAAGAUCGCCCCGCGCAGCAUCGACUUCCACGCCAGCAAGGACGACGGCUACUGUGGCGAGACCCAGCCCAAAGUUGAUUCGAACGCUGGCGCGCCUCUAGCGGACGACUGCAGGCAGCUCGCCAACAUGGUGGCUAGCGUCCCUGGCUACUACAGCAUCUCUGCUGACGAGUUCGGCGCUGCCGGCCACUGGGUCCCCGUCGUGGCCAAGGGAACCUGUGCCUUUGGCCUCAGGUUCCAGAACUCGGGCGACGCGACUACCGCGCUCGUUGGCACGAAUGACAUUCGAUUCUACGUCGAGCAGGUCAUCAACGACGCCAAAGACGGCCUCAUUCACGCCGAGGGUAGCAUUCUGUGCACAAACGGCCAGAAAUCGAACUCCAUGGACUGGAGCCUGGUUGCUGCCUAG